CCUUAAUGUAUAUUGAAAUUCAAUCUUUAAUCUGUGGUCUAAUGGAUGAACAAGAGUAUAUAGAUUUUACUUCCCAACUGAAAAUGGAGACGGGUUUGCACGAACGAGAUCGUGCUGGAGUCCAGGACUUUGUGCUGCUGGAGAACUACCAAAGCGAAGAAGCCUUUAUUGGGAACCUGAAGAAACGAUUCCAGGAGAACCUGAUUUAUACCUACAUUGGCCAGGUGCUGGUCUCUGUGAAUCCCUACAAGCAGCUGCCCAUUUACACGGAUGAUCAUGUCAAGGCGUACAGGAAUAAGCAUUUCUACGAGAUGCCCCCACACAUCUUCGCGGUAACCGACAAUGCCUUCCGUUCGCUGAUCGAGGAGAACCGUGGCCAGUGUGUCCUGAUCUCCGGCGAGAGUGGUUCCGGCAAGACGGAGGCCUCCAAGAAGGUGCUCCAGUUCAUUGCCGCCUGCUCGGGAAACCAGACGACCGUCGAGGGAGUCAAGGAUCGUCUGCUGAAGAGCAAUCCCGUGCUGGAGGCCUUCGGCAAUGCCAAGACGAACCGCAAUGAUAACUCCUCCCGCUUUGGCAAGUACAUGGACAUCCAGUUCGACUUCAAGGGAGCUCCGAUCGGCGGCAAUAUCCUGAAUUACCUACUGGAGAAAUCCCGCGUGGUGGCCCAAAUGGGCGGCGAGCGCAACUUCCACAUCUUCUAUCAACUGCUGGCCGGCGCCGAUGAGGCUCUUCUGCAAGAACUGCGUCUGGAGCGGGCUCUGGACAAAUAUAGCUAUCUGACAGACGGGCUCAAUGGCAACGUGUCGAACAUCAACGACGCGGACAGCUUCAAGCAGGUGCAGCAGGCCCUCAGUGUGAUCGACUUUAGCGCGGAGGAGCAGCGCGAGAUCUUCGGGAUUGUGGCGAGCAUCCUGCACCUGGGCAACAUCGGAUUCAGCGAGGUGGAGGGCAGUGCCAAGGUGAACAGCAGGGAUCUGGUGGUGACCGCCGCCCGCCUGCUGGGCGUGAAUGCCAGCGAACUGGAGGCGGCGCUCACCCACCGCACCAUCGAUGCUCGCGGGGAUGUGGUGACCUCGCCGCUCAACCAGGAGCUGGCCAUCUACGCCCGGGAUGCGCUGGCCAAGGCUGUCUACGAUCGGCUGUUCUCCUGGUUGGUCCAGCGUCUGAACAUCUCGCUGCAGGCGAAGGAAACCCGCGGGGCCAGGAACAAUGUGAUGGGCAUCCUGGACAUCUAUGGCUUUGAGAUCUUCCAGAAGAACAGCUUCGAGCAGUUCUGCAUCAACUUUUGCAACGAGAAGCUGCAGCAGUUGUUCAUUGAGCUCACUUUGAAGUCGGAGCAGGAUGAGUACAGGAGGGAGGGCAUCGAAUGGAUUCCCGUGGAGUACUUUGACAACAAGGUCAUAUGCAAUCUUAUAGAGGAGAAGCACAAGGGCAUCAUCUCCAUUCUGGAUGAGGAGUGCCUCCGUCCAGGGGAACCCACCGAUAAGACCUUCCUGGAGAAGCUCACGAACAAGCUGUCCCUGCACCACCACUACGUUUGCCACGAGAAGGCACCGGCUCACAUCAAGAAAAUCAUGCUAAGGGAUGAGUUCCGCCUGGUUCACUAUGCUGGUGAGGUGACCUACAGUGUCAAUGGUUUCCUGGACAAGAACAACGAUCUGCUGUUCAGGGAUCUCAAGGAGACGCUGAGCAAGGCGGGCAAUGGCAUCGUGAGGAGCUGCUUCCCGGAGCAGGAGCUGCGUAGCCUGAAACGCCCGGAUACGGCCAUCACCCAGUUCCGAGCUUCUUUGAAUAACCUCAUGGAGAUUCUGAUGUGCAAGGAGCCCAGUUACAUACGCUGCAUCAAGCCGAAUGAUCUGCAAACGGCUAGCACUUUUAAUGAUGAGUUGGUUCUCCAUCAGGUGAAGUACUUGGGACUCAUGGAGAACUUGAGGGUAAGGCGAGCUGGCUUCGCCUACCGGCGCACCUACGAGCUCUUCCUGGAGCGCUACAAGUCGCUGAGCAAGUCCACGUGGCCGAACUACAAGGGUCCUGGGGGUCCCAAGGCGGGAGUGCAGCAGCUGGUCAAGGAUCUGGGCUGGGAUGAGGAGAAGUACAGGGUGGGUGAGACCAAGUUGUUUAUUAGGUGGCCCAGAACCCUCUUCGACACGGAGGAUGCCUACCAGGAGAAGAAGCAUCAGAUAGCUGCUAUUAUUCAAGCCCACUGGAAGGGUUUAAUGCAGCGGCGGAGGUACCUCAAGCUGCGCGCCCAGGUGAUCAUCCUGCAGAGCUACUGCCGCAGGAAACUGGCCCAGGAGGCGGCCAAGAAGCGCAGGGAGGCGGCCGACAAGAUCAGGGCCUUCAUCAAGGGCUUCAUCACGAGGAACGAUGCUCCGAACGGAUUCAACGAGGAGUUCAUUGCCAAUGCCAAGCGAAUGUGGCUACUGCGACUGGCCAAGGAGCUGCCCAAGAAGGUGCUGGACAAGAGCUGGCCCCAUGCCCCCGGCCACUGUGAGGAGGCCUCCGGGAUCCUGCACCGCCUGCAUCGCCUGCAUCUGGCCAGGAUCUACCGCCUGAAGCUGACUGCCCAGCAGAAGAGGCAGUUCGAACUGAAGGUCCUAGCGGAGAAGGUCUUCAAGGACAAGAAGAACAACUAUCCGAGCAGCGUGGCCACCUGGUUCCAGGAGGAUCGCAUCCCCAAGGAGCACAUCCAGAGGGUCAACGACUUUGUGGCCAGCACCUUUGGCAGCGAGCAGCUGAAGUACCAGUCCUUCUGCACCAAGUUCGAUCGGCAUGGCUACAAGUCGCGCGAUCGCUUUAUCCUGCUGAGCAACAAGGCGGUCUAUGUGCUCGAUGGGAAGACCUACAAGCAGAAGCACCGCCUGCCGCUGGAGAAGAUCGACUUUACGCUGACCAACCACAACGACGACCUGAUGGUCAUCCGGAUACCGCUGGAGCUGAAGAAGGACAAGGGUGACCUGAUCCUGAUUAUCCCCCGCCUGAUUGAAUUCAGCACGUACAUCAUUGAUACGGUGGGAACUGCCUCUAUAGUCUCCAUUGUGGACAGAGAUUCGGUGGAACACAAUGUGGUCAAGGGCAAGGGCGGCGUCAUCGACAUCCAAACGGGCGCCGAGCCGGGAGUGGUUCGUGAUAAGGGCCAUCUGGUUAUCAUUGGAACGCAAUAAGGAGCGCACCAUGGACUUUCAACGGCAAAGUGGCUUUAAAACGACUCUUGUUUUGUUAUAUUCGUGUAAUUUAUAUAGUCUACCUGUGUAUUUUUGUUACCGCAGCGCCCAGCGAGUUGUGUAAUUUGAAUUUUAUAUGGAUAAUGUUCCCAACUAAAUGUAUAUUGUUUAUAAAAAAAGAUACCUAUAAAUAUAUGACAGUUUGUA